AUGGCUUUGGUCAGUAAUCCGUCCAUUCCCGAUAAAAAUUGGCGCCCACACUUUGCAGUUUUAGAAACCUCCAUGGGUGAAGUAACAAUAGAAUUAUAUUGGAAACAUGCUCCCAAAACUUGCAUGAAUUUUGCUGAAUUAGCUCGACGUGGAUAUUAUAACAAUACUAAAUUUCAUAGAAUUAUUAGAGACUUUAUGAUUCAAGGUGGUGAUCCCACAGGAACUGGUCGAGGAGGAUCAUCUAUUUACGGUAAAGAAUUUCCUGAUGAAAUCCAUGAAGACUUAAAACAUACAGGUGCCGGAAUUAUUUCCAUGGCUAAUUCAGGCCCUGACACCAAUGGAUCUCAAUUUUAUAUAACCUUAGCUCCUACUCAAUGGCUGGAUAAAAAACACACAAUUUUCGGUAGAGUCUCUGGAGGAAUGCCUGUAGUAAAAAGAAUAGGUCUAGUUGAAACGGACAAAGAUGAUAGACCUGUGGAUGAUGUUUACAUCAAGAGAGGUUAUGUGAAAUAUUAA